UCCCUCCGCUUGCUCCAUUUCUCCCCACCCCCACCUUCCCUCUCCUCUCUCUCUCUCCUCGCAUCGCCAUUAAACGCAAAGAACCAAAAAACUUUCUGUGCAAAAAAUUUCAUCUUCUCUUCUCCCCAAAUCAACCCUAAAUCCUUCUCCCCGUCCGCGAAUUCCUCCUACCCGAUCGCAGCCGGAUUUUGCCCGGAUUUUUUUCCCGAUUUUUCGAGGUAUUUUUCGUUGUGGGGGGGGGGGGGGGGUUUCGUCGCCAUUCCUGGGGCGACGGUUGGGGUUAGGUUUGCGGGGAUGAGGCUGCACGGGGAGGUGUCGGACGACGAGGCGGCGGCGGCUGCGGCGUUGGUGGGAGAACCGGUUGCUGUGUCACCGUCCCCGCCGCCCGCCGCCGCGGGGCAGCAGAGGCUCGUGGUGGGGUACGCGCUCACCAAGAAGAAGGUGAAGAGCUUCCUGCAGCCCAAGCUGCUCGCGCUCGCCAGGAAGAAAGGCAUUCAUUUUGUAUCAAUUGAUGAGUCUCACCCUCUCUCAGAACAAGGCCCAUUUGACAUUAUUUUGCACAAGCUUACUAGCAAGGAGUGGCAGCAAGUUCUGGAGGAUUAUCGCGAAGAGCAUCCAGAAGUGACUGUCCUUGACCCACCAAAUGCUAUCCAAAAUUUGCAUAAUCGCCAGUCGAUGCUUCAAGAAGUUGCUGAUUUGAACUUGUCCAAUGGCUAUGGUGAGGUUUGCACUCCACGACAGCUGGUCAUCAUGAAAGAUCCGUCUUCUAUACCUGAUGCAGUUGCCAAGGCUGGACUAACCUUGCCCUUGGUUGCCAAACCAUUGGUAGUUGAUGGAACAUCAAAAUCUCAUGAACUAUCUCUUGCUUAUGUUGAGGCAUCGCUGCCUUUGCUUGAUCCUCCUCUAGUUCUCCAGGAAUUUGUCAACCAUGGUGGGAUCCUAUUUAAGGUAUAUAUUGUUGGUGAAACAAUACGGGUUGUCCGCCGGUUUUCUCUUCCUAAUGUUAACACCUAUGACUUGGGAAACAAUGACGGAAUCUUCCGGUUCCCAAGAGUUUCCUGUGCCACAAAUAAUGCGGAUGAUGCAGAUGUUGACCCUUGCAUUACAGAACUUCCCCCAAAGCCACUUCUAGAGAAACUCGGCAGGGAGCUCCGACGUCGACUGGGUCUUAGACUGUUUAACAUAGAUAUGAUUAGAGAACAUGGAAGAAAGGAUCGGUACUAUGUCAUUGACAUCAACUAUUUUCCUGGAUAUGGUAAGAUGCCAGGUUAUGAGCACAUAUUUACUGACUUCCUGCUAAGCCUCGUGCAAAGCAAGUACAAGAGACGUUUAAAUGGGAGCUGAAGCGUAGAGAAGCUUGCUGAGAUGGAGACCAGAACAUUAACAGAUGGCAACCAGCCAGCCAUGUAACAGUGGCAAGUAGAUAGAUUUUCCAGUAUGUACAUAUCAAGGGGAUGGAUGUUAGCCUGAGGCGCCGAGGCCUUUUUAUGAGAGGAGGCACAUAUCAGAAACAAGAAAUGAAGUAUGUGGGCUGGGGCUGGGACGGUGUCAGAAGAAGAAAGGCUCGGUUGCUGUGUGCCCAACCCGUGUAAAUUGUUAAUUCAGUGCUUACCUGAAGGCUUCUUUUCAACAAAAUGUUGCAGCUGGGCCUCAUGAGAUACAGGAUUCUGUUUCUAAUUACAUUAUGUUUUCUGCUUUCAUCUUCUAUAUAAUUUGACGCUUCAUUGUU